GUCUCCAGAGGCGUAGUGAAGUUUGGACCCGGGAAUUGUGUGCGCCGUAUCUGCGUGGGUCGGGGAAGCUUCGCAUUGCGUUGUACGCACGGCCUGUGGGGCCCAGCCAGCUUUUGCAGCAUAUGCGAUCCGUGUCGUUUGCGUUGACGAGGAUGGUGGCAGAGUGCUACACACGUUCCAGCAGGGCGGUUUUGAUACAGAGGAGACCUUCGACACAAACAUCAAAUGCCACCGGGUUGAAACAGGUACCCCAGUUGUCUGUAGCAGCGACCAGCAAAGGGACUGCAGGCUCUGCUUCAGAAGCCACCCAGCACUCGGCCGCUGCCGCGGGUGUUGCAGCAAAUGAAGCUGCCUCACAACAGCUGAGCAAGCUGGAGAGCCAGGUGCAGUUGCUGACAAGCAAUGAGAUGGAGAUGAAGCGUGAAAUCGAGGAGCUGCAGGUGCUGCCUUGUUUUCUUUGGUUGCAGCAGAGCAUGCGCAUCAGAAAGCUCAACCAGCACUAUUCGAUUGUGGAUGUGAUAAGAAAGUAUAUGGGCUGCCUCACUGCAGAUCCGACGAUAGCAGCAUCUGCAGAGAACGCGGCUCAGGAGGCAGAGAAGGCUUGGCUUCACGUGCAGGUUUGCGUGCGCAAAGUCUUAGGUGCACAGUCUCUGGCGCCGCAGCUGCCACAGCGAAGCAGCGAAGCAUCGAAUCUAGCAGCCAUCGAUGUUACAUCAUGGCCAGUUAAGCUGACCGGCAGCGGUACAAAGGAAGACCUGGAGGAUGAGAAACUCGUGAGUCUCAUGGACGACGGUGACACAGGCAACCAUUGUUGUUAG